GAAAAGGAUUUCCGUGCACUAAAUUGAGAUUUGGCAUAGCAAGUAACGACGUUGCCUUCAAAAUUAUCUGCAAGGAGUAUAGAGCACAUAGUGGUCUACUAUUAACUGCACUGUUGGAUGCAUGACCUAUGUUCAAGUGAGGAAGCUCAAUUUUGCAAAUCUUCUACCAAUUCCUCAAGUCUCUAAGCCAAAUCUCAAUGGAAGUGAAACCAGUGAUGAACUGCCAUUCGCUUUCAACAAGAUGCAUGAAUUCUCCGCAGUUGAUGGUUUUGUGGAGGUAACUGAAAGCUUGGCAGAGAUGAUAAAAUAUGUGGCUAAUGAGCCCUCGGUGGGACUUUUCUACGUCCAGCAACACACCCAAAAUGCAGUGCCAAACCUUAUUAACCUCAAGAACAAUGUCAUGGACAAGUCUCGGGAGUUGACUUUGCAUACGGAAGAUCUGGAAGAUUCUAUCACAAUGGUGAGGUCUAUGAAAGACUGCGGCUUCCCUAUAGCUGAUGAGAUGAUUGGAGACAUCAAGAAAUCUCUAGCGAUCAUGUCAACAAAACAACCUAAAAGAGGGUUGAUCCAUAACCCAAGUUCAGGUUUUCAUAUGGGAAGAACUAGUUCGUGGGGUCCAUCUACUUGGGGUCGUAAUGCAGAUUCUAUGCGGCAAGAUGGUGAAAGAACUGGUAAUUAUCUGACAUCGGUUUUAAAGUCAGCAAAAGAAAGAGCCAGCAAUUUCAAGUGGCCUCAACUUGACCCUAAAGAAUCGAUACAAAGCAAGGGCGAGAAACUUGUGUCUUAUCUUAAUCCCCCACUGCCAGUUUCAGCCUCAAUCACCACUUCUACUCUGCCAGAUGCAGAAGCUGAUGAAUUGCCCGUGUCAAGCCAGAUUGAUGAUGAGCUACAACAAGAACUCCCAGUUGAUGAAAGUGCGUCGAAUCAUCAAUUGGUUUCGUUUGUAGAGAACUAUGAUGAAUUUACGGCUGAGAGAGAAGCAAAACUUGAGGAGUGGUUGGGAGGGACCGAUAAAGAGGAUGGUCGUCGCUUGGAGGAACUGAUGCAGGAGUUCAGCUCAACGACACUUUGAAUGCUGGCUUCUUGUAAAUUAUAUUUUGUUGUAUAAUUAUUAUCAUGUUUGGGCAUCACAACACACUAAUAAGAUCAUGGUGCUAAAAGUAGUAGUAGUUAAUCUAUUGAUGUUUCAGAGUGGAAAAUUCCUUGUAAAAUUCUUGAAAUGCGUUUCUGGCAGGAUUGUUGAAGCAGAAAUCUUCUUCUUUCUUCCUCUAAAUGAUCUUUAUGCAUUCCUAAUUUUGCA